GCAGCAAGUAGUUGGUUCUUAAAAUGAAACAAAAUGAAAGUUACGAAACCUUAGAGAUUUCAGAAAGUUUAAACAUGGAUGAAUCAAUAAACUACUUGUUUUUAGAUGAGGUCAGUGAUGCUCUUCUAUAUAAUGUAUCAUCAUCCUCAGAAUUGAUUAGAAUCUUAGAAUUAAAUGGAUUUUAUGGAGUUGAUUUAGAUGACUUUAUGAGUUUACUCAUUGAACGUGGAAGAAUCAAUCUUGUUGAAGCUAUUAUAGAAACUUUUCAUGAGUCUGCAACCGAAUCUACUAACAAGAGCAUAAAUUUGCAAAUGUCAAGUUCUCUUUUAACUCCACCUUCUGGAGAGUUGAGCAACGCAGCUUUAAACAAUAAUGACAUUGAAGAUUGGCAUAAAAAAGUUACAGAAAAUCAACGGAAUGAACUUUCAGAUAAACUAGAAUCAUCAAUUAAAAUCACAUUAAAAACUGAUUUUCUAAAUAAUAAAGACAAUUACAUUGAAAAUCUUAAAGUCUAUAUAAAUGAAGCGGAAGUUGCAGCAUAUAUUAAUGCAAGAAGCAAGGUUGAAUAUAUUUAGCUUUUAAACGGAAAAAUUUUGGAAAUACAGAUAAAACUCAAAGAUCACAUGCAAAAAAACUAUGAAGUACAAAUAGACCCUAUAGAAAUAUGUAUAGAAAAAAUACUUGAAACAGAUGAAUAAGAUAAAGUAGACAAUGAAAGUGCACAUAAAAUCGAGGAAGAGCUUACAAAAAUACACAUUCAAAAUAUGUGUGUAAAAGAAAUACUUAUUAAAAAAACAUUCAAAAUUCAAAAAAUUGAUGAAGAAUUUGAGUAAAUAAUGCUUAAACCACAAGAAACAUAUAAAAGUAUGGACAUUCAGAUAAUGCAUGAAAUACAGAAAAACUUUAAAGAAUCAUAUAUGGAAAAUAUAUGAAAAGCUACUACUACUACUACUACUACUACUACUACUACUACUACUACUACUACUACUACUACUACUACUACUACUACUACUACUACUACUACUACUACUACUACUACUGCUACUACUACUACUAAUAAUAAUAAUAAUAAUAAUAAUACUACUACUACUACUACUACUACUACUACUACUACUACUACUACUACUACUACUACUACUACUAUAAUCUCUAUGAACGGCUAGUAAGCCGUGAAAAUUUAAAAUGUUGUUUUUAGUGAGACAAAAGUUAAAGCCGAUAUGUUUUGAAAUUUAUUUAAAUGAAAUUAUAUUAAGUAAAUGUCUAUUUAACAAAAAAUUUUAUUAAAAUUGUAAUAUGUGAGCUGUAGUAAGAUAUAUAUGCAUGCGCAAGUAGCAAAAGGUAA